AUGGUGGAGGCUUUCUGUGCUACCUGGAAACUGACUGGCAACCAUAACUUUGACGAAUACACGAAGGCACUGGGAGUGGGUUUUGCCACAAGACAGGUGGGAAAUGUGACUAAACCAAUAGUGAUAAUCAGUCAAGAAGGGGACAAAGUGGUUAUUGGGACUCAGAGCACCUUCAAGAACACAGAAAUCAGCUUCCAUUUGGGAGAAGAAUUUGAUGAAACGAUUCCAGAUGAUAGAAACGGCAAAUCUGUUUUGAGUCUGGAUGAUGACACGCGAGUUCAUGUUCCGAAAUGGGAUGGCAAAGAGACAAACUUUGUAAGAGAAAUUAAGGAUGGUAAAAUGGUCCUGACUCUCACUUUUGGAGAUGUGGUGGCUGUUCAUCACUCUGAGAAGGCAUAA